UCUUUGUAUUUAUUAGUAUAAUAUAAAACAUUGGACCCCUCUCUCUCUCUCUCUCCAAAACUGUCCAUGUCCAUCUACUUCCAUGUCCCAAUCUCACAAUCUGACCCUAUACAUCAUCUUCUACCUUUCCACCUCUCCUUCCUCUUGUGAUUCCUGAUACGUAAAAGAGUGAGUUGCCAUUUUCUGAUAAAGAAAUUGACGAUGCGGUUGGAUUUCGGCUAUAAAAUGAAAUCUCAACUCGUCGGACUAAACCAUCAAACAAAUUCAUCAUGUCAAGCUCAGACGGCAGCGAUGAAUUUGAAGACAACAGUGAGUAUGAGGAAGAGGAAAAAUAUAGUGAGGAACAUGAUGAAGAUGAGGAACAUGAAGAUGAUGAGGGCGACGAAGAUGAACAUGAAGAUGAUGAGGGCGAUGAAGAUGAUGAGGGAGAUGAUGAGGGUGAUGAAGAUGAACAUGAUCCCUAUGUAGAAGAGGAGGGGUCACGACUUUUCCGGCUAGCUUAUAAUGCCGGGAUGAGAAACUGCGGUGAUAUGGUACCUGAGUGGAACUACAAAAAUUCGACGACCGCACCUAUGCGAAUUCAGUGGAAAUGUGCAUACUGUGACAAUGACUUGGGUGUUCAUAGUCUCCAUUCCUUAGAGACGAUACGCUUCAUGUUAGGAACACUCAUUUCUCUGGAGAAUGUCGUUCUUGUUUGCAUGACCAUUGGGCAUUAAUGGAUGAUUCUUACUGCAAAUCAUGCACUGUCUCCAACGUUCCUCGUCCAUACUAUGGAGUUUUGAUGGCCUUUUGGGUCUCUGGGGCAUUGCCGGUUCGUUACGUUAAUCCACCUACAUUUGCCGUGCC